GGUGGCACCAUGAAGUGGGGCAGCGUGUUCCUGCUGGUGGGUCUCCUCGCCCUCUGGGCCGGGCUGCAGCCUGCGUCUGGGCGGGUCUCUCCAGCUUUCUGCAGGCUCCCCAAGGACUACGGCCCCUGCAAGGAGAUCUUACUGCGCUUCUACUACAACCCGGCCAUCGGGACCUGCCAAACGUUCAUUUACGGCGGCUGUCAUGGCAAUACAAACAACUUUAUGACCUACCGGCAGUGCGUGAAUACGUGCAGGUUGCGCCUUCUGGGGCUGAGCCUGCCAAGGCCGGACGCUGCGAGAAGCAUCGCGGCACCAGGGCGACGGCUGGAGGAUCGGAGCAGGGUGAAGCCGAGCAUCUGCUUUCUCCCGGUGGCCCCCGGCCCCUGCCAGGCCUAUGGGCCCAGCUUCUACUACAAUGCCGCCACCGGCCAGUGCUUGGGAUUUAACUACGGGGGCUGCCGGGGCAACGGGAACCGGUUCGGCACUGAGAAGGAGUGUCUCCAGACCUGCGGGUAGCCAGCACAGCUCCAAGAGUGACCCCGCGCGGGAGCCGGGCCGUGGGGCAGCGGGACCUGCAGGUCCCAGACCCUCUGCAGACCCCUCCUGUGGCUCCAGGCACCGAUGGGCAACAUGACCCCCAGCACCGGGGGUCCGCUUCCCGCAGCCCCGCUAGCAGCUCCUUCCUCCACACAAUAAAGACCCUGCUCUGCAGCUUC